GCGAAACGGGGCAAACUAGCGACUUCCGGUGGCGUUUUGAUGCCGCCUGUCUAGCGGCCUGGCCGAGUUGCGGCCGCAGCCCGUUGCCCUGCUGCGACCUCUGUGCGUCUCCUCCUGUGUCCCAAGCUCUCUGGAAGCCUGGCGAGGAUCCGGGCGGCUCCGCUGCUCCCUGUUCCCGGCGUCCGUCAGCCUGCGGAGGACCGGUUCCUGGGAGCCGCGCGUGCACCUCCUCCCCGUUGUCGUCCCGGGGCCGGGCGCGGGGACAGUCGGCUCCCCAGCUCCUCGGAGCGGAGGCGGCGGGGACGCCUGAGGACUGCGCUUGCUAAGGGUGCUCAGAGAGGAGUAGUUCAAAAUGUCAAAAAUUAGGAGGAAGGUCACAGUGGAAAACACCAAGACCAUAUCUGAGAGUACAUCCAGAAGACCUAGUGUAUUUGAGAGGCUUGGACCCAGCACUGGCAGCACAGCAGAGACACAGUGCCGGAACUGGCUGAAGACUGGCAGCUGCCUCUAUGGAAAUACUUGUAGGUUCAUACAUGGCCCUUCACCUCGUGGGAAAGGUUACAGCAGCAAUUACAGAAGGUCACCGGAAAGACCUACAGGUGACCUCAGAGAAAGAAUGAAGAAUAAGCGUCAGGAUGUGGACACUGAGUCCCAGAAACGGAGCACAGAGGAGUCAUCCUCACCUGUGAGGAAAGAAUCUUCAAGAGGGAGACACAGAGACAAGGAAGACAUAAAAAUUGUUAAGGAGAGAACUCCAGAAAGCGAAGAAGAACAUGUAGAAUGGGAGACUAACAGAGAUGAUUCUGACAAUGGAGAUAUUAAUUAUGAUUAUGUGCAUGAGUUGUCAUUGGAAAUGAAGCGUCAGAAAAUACAGAGAGAAUUAAUGAAAUUGGAACAAGAAAACAUGGAUAAAAGAGAAGAAAUUAUCAUUCAAAAGGAGGUUUCCCCAGAAGUGGUGAGAUCGAAAUUGUCUCCAUCGCCCUCUCUGAGAAAGUCCAGUAAAUCGCCAAAGCGGAAGUCAAGCCCCAAGGCAUCUUCAGCUGGCAAGAAAGAGCGGAAGGCUGCUGUGGUGGCUUCUCCACUGUUGGACCAGCAGAGGACUUCAAAAAGCAACCAAAGUAAAAAGAAAGGGCCACGUACUCCUAGUCCACCUCCUCCUAUACUGGAAGAUAUCAUUCUGGGGAAGAAAUACAAAGAAAAGUAUAAAGUGAAAGACAGGAUAGAAGAAAAACCAAGAGAUGGAAAGGACAGAGGACGGGAUUUUGAAAGGCAAAGAGAAAAAAGAGACAAGCCAAGGUCCUCCUCCCCAGGACAGCACCAUUCUCCUCUGUCUUCUAGACAUCACUCCUCCUCCUCGCAGUCAGGAUCGUCUGUUCAGAGACAUUCACCUUCUCCUCGUCGGAAAAGGACUCCCUCCCCAUCCUACCAGCGGACUUUAACUCCUUCUUUACGGCGUUCCGCCUCUCCUUACCCAACACAUUGCCUGUCUUCUCCUCAGAGGAAGCAGAGUCCUCCAAGACAUCGCUCUCCAAUGAGAGAAAAAGGGAGGCAUGAUCAUGAACGGACUUCACAGUCACAUGAUCGGCGUCACGAAAGGAGGGAAGAAACUCGAGGCAAAAGGGAUAGAGAAAAGGACACCAGAGAAGACCGAGAGUCUGAACAUGACCAUAGGGAUGACAGAGAACCUCGAGACAGCCGGGACCGGAGAGAUACUAGAGACCGUAGGGAACUAAGAGACUCCAGAGACAUCCGGGACUCCAGAGAGAUGAGAGACUAUGGCAGAGAUACCAAGGAGAGCCGUGAUCCCAGAGAUUCCCGGUCAGCUCGGGAUGUACAUGACUACAGAGACCGUGAAGCUCGGGAUACUCGGGAAAUUCGAGAUGUUCGGGAUGCUCGGGAAGUUCGCGAUGUUCGGGAUGUUCGGGAUGCUCGUGAUGCUCGAGAUGCUCGCGAUGCGCGGGAUGUGCGGGAUGUGCGGGAUGUUCGGGAUGCUCGCGAUGUUCGGGAAAUCCGGGAUGUUCGGGAAACCCGGGAUGCUCGAGAUGUUCGGGAUGCUCGAGAUGUUCGCGAUGCUCGCGAUGGUCACCGGAAGGAGGAUGUGUACCAGGAAGAAGCCCGCAGUUAUGGCAGAAACCACCUGAGAGAGGAGAGCUCUCGAGUUGAACUAAGGAAUGACUCUAGAAAUGAGUCUCGAAGUGAAAUUAGAAAUGACAGGAUGGGCAGAAGUAGGGGGAGAGGACCAGAAUUGCCUGAAAAGGGAAGUCGAGGCACAAGAAGUUCCCAAAUGGAUAGCCACAGUAGCAGCAGCAACUACCAUGACAGCUGGGAAACGCGGAGCAGCUAUCCCGAGAGAGACAGAUACCCUGAGAGAGACGCUCGCGAUCAAGCCAGGGAUGCUUCUUUUGAGAGAAGGCAUGGAGAAAGAGACCGGCGGGACAACCGGGAGCGAGAUCAAAGACCAAGCUCACCUGUUCGACAUCAGGGAAGGAGCGAGGAGCUCGAGCGUGAGGACAGAAGAGAGGAGCGGAGAGUAGACAGAGUGGAGGAGAGAAGAGAGGAGCGGGUUCGGGACAGAGACAGGGACCGGGAGCGAGAAAGGGAGCGCGAGAGAGAGCGGGAACGAGAUCGGGAGCGAGAGAAAGAAAGAGAAAGAGAACUAGAAAGAGAACGAGCUAGAGAGCGGGAAAGAGAGAGAGAGAAAGAGAGGGAAAGGGAGCGAGAACGAGAGCGAGAUCAGAGAGAUCGUGACCAUGAUCGAGAGCGAGAAAGAGAGAGGGAGCGGGAGAGGGAAAAAGAACGGGAGCGAGAAAGAGAAGAGAGAGAGAGGGAAAGAGAACGUGAACGGGAGCGUGAAAGAGAACGAGAACGAGAGAGGGAGCGAGAAAGGGCAAGAGAAAGAGAAAAAGAGCGAGAACGGCAAAGAGAAUGGGAAGACAAAGACAGGGGACGCGAUGACCGCCGGGAGAAGCGCGAGGACAUCCGGGAGGACCGGAGCCUCAGAGAAGGCCACGAGGAGAGGAAAGCCAAGAAACGUUAUAGAAACGAAGGGAGUCCCAGCCCCCGGCAGUCCCCCAAGCGCAGGCGAGAGCAUUCUCCAGACAGUGACGCCUACCACAGUGGGGAUGACAAAAAUGAAAAACAUAGACUCUUGAGCCAGGUCGUACGACCUCAAGAUUCUCGCUCUCUCAGCCCAUCCCACCUCCCAGAAGACAGGCAGGGUAGAUGGAAAGAGGAGGAUCGUAAAUCAGAAAGGAGAGAGAGUUCAAGGCGCUAUGAGGAGCAAGAACUCAGAGAGAAGGUUUCUUCUGGUGACAGGCAGAGGGAGCCAGCAGAGAGCGUGGACAGCUCAAGAGCUCGCACACAGGACCUCAUUAGCCACCGCCAGCCUGAAGACCGCGACCGCGAUGGGUCUGAUCGAGCCCACGAUGAAAAGAAAAAAGCAAAAGCUCCAAAGAAGCCUAUUAAGAAGAAAAAGGAGGAUGAUGUUGGACUAGAGAGGAGCAACCUUGAGACAUCUGAAGAUGCUCAAGUAUUUUCACCAAAAAAAGGACAGAAGAAGAAAAACGUUGAGAAAAAGCGUAAAAGAUCCAAAGGUGAUUCUGAUGUCUCUGAUGAAGAGUCGGCCCCACAGAACAAGAAGAAGAGAGGCCCGCGCACGCCCCCUCUGGCCAUCAAGGAGGAACUGCUUGACAUUUCCACUGACAAGGAUGGCUUGCUCGAGGAUUCACUAAAGAAGGAAGAUACAGCCUUUAGUGACUGGUCGGAUGAGGAUGUGCCUGACCGCGCAGAGGGCAUGGAGCCUGAGCACACCGCAGCCACUGCCACUCCUGGCAGUACCCCUUCCCCACUCUCAUCUCUUCUCCCUCCCCCGCCUCCUGUGGCUGUUGCCAGUACUGCAUCCACUGCUCUUGCCUCCUCAGCUGUUGCUACCUCUGCCAUUAUUUCCAGCUCUGCCUCCACCUCCAGUGCCAAUGCCAGUGAAGACUCACAUAGAAAAUGCCAUAGGACACGAGUGGAGAAAGUGGAAGCAUCUCAUGUGGCCCUAGAAGAUCCACCACAUCGCAAGCUGGUGGAUCAAAAGAGGAGCAGCAGCCUUGGAAGCAACCGGAGUCACCGUAGCCACACCUCUGGUCGCCUGCGCUCCCCAUCUAAUGAUUCUGCUCAUCGAAGUGGGGAUGACCAGGGUAGUCGGAAAAGAGUGCUGCACAGUGGCUCCAGAGACAGAGAAAAAACAAAAAGCCUGGAAAUCACGGGAGAAAGAAAAUCUAGGAUAGAUCAGUUAAAGCGUGGAGAACCCAGCCGAAGUACUUCUUCAGAUCGCCAGGAUUCCAGAAGCCACAGCUCAAGAAGAAGCUCCCCUGAGUCAGAUCGCCAGGUUCAUUCAAGGUCUGGGUCAUUUGACAGCCGAGACAGGCUUCAAGAGCGAGAUCGGUAUGAGCAUGACCGAGAGCGGGAGAGGGACCGGAGAGACCCGAGGCAGAGGGAAUGGGACCGGGAAGCUGAAAAAGAGUGGCCGCGAACCCGAGACCGAGAUCGACUGCGGGAACGAGAAAGAGAGCGAGACAAAAGAAGAGACUUAGACAGAGAAAGAGAGAGACUGACCACUGACCCUGUGGACAGGGACAGAGACCGAGAUAGAACUUUUGAGUCUUCUCAGUCAGAAUCUGUUAAACGCAGUGAAGCCAAACUGGAGAGCGAGCACGAAAGAGACCUUGACGGCAGUUCCCGGGACUCAGCAACCAUGGAUAAAGAAAGGAUGGACAGAGACCUGGGGUCUGUGCAAGGGUUUGAAGACUUGAGUAAAGCUGAGCGAACAGAGAGUCUGGAAGCAGGAGAUGACGAGUCGAAGUUAGAUGAUGCACAUUCGUUAGGCUCUGGUGCUGGGGAAGGAUAUGAACCCAUCAGUGAUGAUGAACUAGAUGAAAUUCUCGCCGGGGAUGCAGAAAAGAGAGAGGACCAGCAGGAAGAGGAGAAGAUGCCAGAUCCUUUAGAUGUGAUAGAUGUGGAUUGGUCUGGACUUAUGCCAAAGCAUCCCAAAGAACCGAGAGAGCCAGGGGCUGCGCUCUUCAAGUUCACACCCGGAGCUGUUCUGCUGCGAGUCGGGAUUUCUAAGAAGUUGGCAGGUUCUGAACUAUUUACUAAAGUUAAGGAAACAUGUCAACGACUUCUAGAAAAACCCAAAGAUGCAGAUGGCCUUUUCGAGCAUGAGCUAGGGGCUCUCAACAUGGCUGCCUUACUGCGAAAAGAAGAGCGAGCAAGUCUCCUUAGUGACCUGGGACCAUGUUGUAAAGCAUUAUGUUUCAGACGGGAUUCUGCAAUCCGGAAGCAGCUUGUGAAGAACGAAAAGGGAACUGUGAAGCAGGCGUACACAAACACUCCGAUGGUGGACAACGAGCUACUGCGGCUGAGUCUUCGGUUAUUUAAGAGGAAGACCACUUGUCAAACCCCUGGACAAGACAAGAUGGAAGACAGUAAACUAGCACCGUCCAGUAUCCAGCAGGAGCUGUGCGUGUCCUAGACAAAAGUUUGGGCAGCAGAUAGAACUUUCCUGAAGUUCUAUAGUUUGAAACAUUAAUAUUAAAGAGACAGAAGUUCAUCAGCUAGACCAGGAGUGAAGAACUGAUCUCUAGAGACAGCGGUUCUGGUUCUUUUAAGAUUUUACAUUAAUUUUUAUACAGUACUUGACAUUCAGCCAAAAUAAUGUGAAAGCAUCUAGAUUUAGUAGUUUCCUCUGUGUCUUCAUUAAAAUUGAGGAUUUGAGGAUACCAGGUCAUCCCUGCUCUUUAAGCCUGUGAAUCCUCCCUGUGACAUCAGUGCACUGAUUUUCAUUCUGGAUCAUCGUACAGACACUGACCUUAGUCCGAAAGGCAGCGUUGAUGGGAGUCACUGUACAUGCUGCAGUGUCAUGUACAGCACCGGGGAGCGCAGGUCUAGGGGUGAGCCUGUAGGCAGGCUCCCCAAUGGAAGCCCAAGUGUGGUUUUUCAUUUUUUCUUUUGAAAAUUCUAAAGAAAAAAAAAUUGACUCACUGGGACUUUUUACACAUGUACAUAGUUACAUUAUAUAUUGGAAGUCUUUGGACUCUUGAGUGGGGUUUAUUGUUUCUUGUCAGAGACUGUCUUGUUUUAUUUUUAAUAAAUGUCUGUUUCCUUGUUGUA